GAAAAGCUGGAGAAGGCUGUAGUAAUUGUACAAACCAAACAGGUAAUUACAUUCAAAACUAAACUACAAUAAGCAUACAGCAACAAAAAAAAACACAAAACUAUAAUUUAUCUGAAAAACAACAAAGGUGUUAUCAAUGUGUAAUGGAUGGAAAUGACUUAAUUAUCCACUAAGAAACUUUGCCACACUGGAGCACCAGAAAUUCAUAGUUUAAUAAAUAUAAAUAAGAAAAACGACAUUAUUAAUGAAGUAGAAUUACUCGCCUCGUCACUUAAGGUUUGAACAGUUUCACGAAAAUUGCAAUGGUCAAUAGUAAUGUUUAAAACGUUGGUCAAUUUUAAACUGUAACAAACACCCCUGUAGGCUACUCUGGAAUUUAAGAGUAAAUAAAGUUUGCGUAUGUAUGUAUUGUAUGUAAGCUUGUUAGGCCUUGUAAUGCUUGUGAUCAAUUACAUGUUUCUCUUUCUCUUGUAUUUUUUUCCAUUUGUUGUGUUUCAAUUUCGUCUCUAUUUAAUGUUGAUAAGAAAAGGAUUUGGUUGUUUAUUGAGUAGUUCCCCUAAUUCUCUGGAUCUUUGUAUUCCAAAGGGGCUGUUGCAGAGAGAUUAUUUUGGUUAUUGAAGGAAAACUAAUGUUUAUUGGCUGUAAAGGUUGUGUAAAGAUGUCCAUAGUGAAAAGUAUAAUGCAUGUCACAGUACACGAAUGGGCUUUUGGCAAGGACACAAAAUAAAAAAUCUACAGUGGCCCGGAGUCUUUUAAUUGAAAAUUGACAGGAGUACAAGGUGAACAUUGAAAAUUGAAUGGGGCUCAAAGUAAAGCAAGGCAAAAGAUGAAUUGGAGCAGCCUUGGUUGUCUAUACUAGUUUGGUGAACAGCUGCUUUGCAGUGAAAGCUAAAACAACAUUUCCAGCUUCAUGUUUUUUUAUUGCAAAGCCUGAAACGACAGUUCUGAUUGAAGCUACAUAUUAAGAAAUUUUAAAGUUGAGAGGUAGAUGUUGUUGAAAAAUUGUCGUGAGUGUUGGCAUGGGAAGCAAGGAGAUUGAAAUAUAGCCUCAAAGGUUUGGAUGCCACUUUUUGCUGUUAAUAUUGUGGUAAGAUUGUAAAAAGUAAAAUAAAAGUGACGUUUAAGUCUAUGGACUGUUUGAAAAGAUGCAUUGUAGUAGUCGUGAAGGCAGCCUUUAAUAAAAAGUUGAUUGUCGCUUUUAGUGGUGUAUAAUCCAAAAUCUCUAGAAAUGAAUGUUGACAAGAGUUCAAAGAGUACUAAAACGAGAUUUAUGGUAAAUGUCAUUGGAAAUUUUCAUUAGUCUCAGUAUUGCAUGACCUCAAAACUUCUUCCAAUUUUCUCUCUGAGUUCUUUAAGGAGAACUGUCAUCUUCGUAACAAACACCCCUGUAAGCUACUCUGUAAUUUAAGAGUAAAUGAAGUUUGCACAUGUGUGUAUUGUAUGUAAGCUUGUUAGACCUAUCGUACCUGAUGGGUCCAAAUAAAACAAGCAGCAUACUCCAUAUUCUCAUAAAUUGUCUUUUUAUGGAGGUUUUGAUGCAUUCUUCGAGAUUUUGUGUGAAUUACUUGGGAAAAAAAUUCUCCUGACUGUUGGCGUGUGAAACAAGCAGAUUGAAAAAGCCUGAGAGAAUGAUGGCCUGUCCCUUUUAUUUUAAUGAUGGUCUAGUCCUCUCUACUUUUAAUGGUUUACAGAUGACGUGUUCCUUAGUGCUGAGUUAAUAAAUGUUGUCAAUGUUUCGCUCUUGUUGCUAUUUCAAGUAUUCUUGUGAAUCAAGUCACAUAGCUAAAAACCAAAAGUUAAUAUUGCUAUGAGAAAUAGAAUAAAGUAAUGAAGAGGAUGCAGAUGCGUCAGUCCUUUAUCAGUCCUUUUAUCUAGAGGAGUUCGUCUCGCCCUCGUGGAGCUUAUAAGUUGAUAUUCCUGUAAAUUCUUGUCACCUACCAAGAUUAUACUUCCUAAUGUUAUGGCGGACUGCUUUCUUCUCUUCCUUCCACAUAGGUUUGAUAAAUAGUAACACUUAUGACACACAUAAAAAUACUAAAAAAUGCAUUGCAUAUCAGCAAUUUUAUAAAAUUUCUUGAAUUAUUGCUCGGAAGAGUUGAGUAAGGUCUUUAGCACGAUAAAGAAGUUGUAGUAGCUGUCUGCGGAAGAAAUCUCUUUAAGGUUGAGGGGAUGUUGCUACCCAUGUGCAGCGCAAAAAUUGAUUGUAGUAUUAUUAUCUAUUAAAUCGAUUUUUUUUUAUUGAUGAAGAACCCAACCCGUUUCACUGUCACUUUCUUCCCCUUCUGUAUCCUCUCGAACGAGAUGGCGUGCAAAAAAAAAAAAAAUAAGAGGUGAACUGAAAAGUUGCUACUUUCUGUGCCCUCUGAAAUUAGCAUUAGUGGGGCACGAAGAGGCGAGAACUCUGUAAUAUAACUCAGACUAAAUAAAUAGUAGUGACGAAAACAUAUUAAAAAUAUUUAUCCGGCUAACUUUGCACAAAAUUAUUUACGUUUUACUAUUUACAGGUUUCUAUCUACAGUUUUCUAUUUGCGAUGUUUCAAUAGCUACUUUUCUAUUUAUUUUGCAAUAAUUACAUCUGAGUUAUCAAUUUUUUAAGUCCCUCCUUGAAGACGGCUAGGCUUUGCUUUGCCCUGAUCUCAUUGGGCAGGCCAUUCCAUAGAUGAACUGGGCUUGCUGGAGGCGCCCUGUUCAUAAAAUGCUGUCAAUUUUUUCUCCCGAAGGGGGGGGGAUUUCUAGCAAUUUGUUGUGGGGUGUUGUGUUGGUUAUUGAAGAGUAACUAAUUUUUUAAUUGGCUGUAAAGGUUGUGUCAAGACUGUCAUUUCUCUUUAUAUUUUACCUAGGCACAAGACGCCUAACUAAAUAAAAUGAAAUAAAGUUAAAAGUAAUGACGUUAAAUCACCAAAUCUUAGACUUUUCCCAUAAGGACGUAUUGGAAACAUUGACAAACUGCAGUUAGCAUAGCUAAUUAGCUUUAUCAUCCUUUCACCGGUCUAUAACAAACCAAUUCAACGACCUGCUCCCAGUUGUCUUGUUAGCUCAAUUGGUAAAAGCACUGCACCGGUAUCGCUGAGGUCAAGGGUUCACAUUGCGUUCAAGGGUGAAUUUUUUUUCAGGUUUUCUUUUCGCAACUGCAAAGGUUGCUUCUAUAACUGCAAUGAUCUACCUUCAUACUAUUGUUCAUCCCGCCGUUCACAUAAAUGAUUUUCAUGUAUUUAGAACUUCACGUGAAAGUAAACGAGCAGUCACGGAGAUUAAGGCAGAAUCUCUUGGACUUUAAACAAAUGCGUUAAUUAGGAUUGCCAUCAAAUGCAAAUCCUCUAGGUAAAGUGCAGACUGCAGACAAAAAUAAGACAGUCACAAUGAUAGAGAAAUACAUUUUACAACCAAACCCGUACUUUGUACUGAUAGUAUCAGUGUGCUCGGACCAAGAUAUAGUUUGGUUUACAACAACUCCCAAGUACUUAAACAAGUUAAUAGCAAUAGUCAAACAAGUCAAUAUCAAUAGUCCUUUCAAUAGCAGUGGAAUUUAUAUUUAGAGAAACGUCGAUCUAGCAGAGUAACUCCUUUGAGAGAGCUCCCUCUUUCGUGCCGACCCCACCAGACCAUUGGCCCAACAAUAGCCGGUUUCCUCUUGUCGUGUACUCAAAUACAAUUAACACUUUAAUAUUCUGUAAGGAAGGUGCAUAUGCUUUGGUCUGUGGGCUGUAGGUAUCCUCCUCCUCAAAAUGAAGUAUUUUUAAAACAGAUUUUUGUUUUCAAAAAAUUUUUGUUCGGAUGGGAAAAGCACAGAAGUUCACAACCGCAGAGUGGACAUGCCUUCCCGGUCCCCCUUUUUGUUCGACUAUUCUUCACUGUUUUUUGUCUGGAGGAUUUGAUCUUGCCCUCGUGGACAUCAUAAGAUCACACUGCUAUAUAUUCACAGUUGAAUUUUUUAAUAUUAUGGCGGACUCUUUCCACUUGCAAUGGCGAUUUUUCUUUGUCCCUUAGUCGCUUAGCACAGAAGAGCAUGUAGAGGCGUCAGGCCUGUCCAUUCCCCUUACUUCUAGGACCAUUCUUCAUUGUUUAAACUGGAGGAGCUCGUCUCGCCCUCGUGGAUCUUAUAAGUUCACAUUGCUACAAAUUCUUGUCACUUACCAAGAUCAUACUUCCAAAUGUUAUGGCGGCCUCUGUCUACAGACAAAGGAAACAUCCCUUUCUUGUGCAGUUGCUUUUCGAGCUUUUAAGCCCGAAAAGUGGUUUUCUUAA